CGCGCGUUUGACGGUUUCACAGUCGUGCCAUCUCUAGAAUGUCGGGAAAAGCAGCGCGGACUUUGAUGAAUCGUGAAAUUUACGUGCAUACAUCUGUACCUGGAAUACUUUAACAUAGAUUUGACGCCUGGUACGAUCAAUCAGAAAAAUGUAUUACGAAUAAAUAAGUCUGUCGUGCAACCUAGUUCAGAUGUAUGCAUAUUUUAUAUAAGGUGAGAAGGAGUGUCGUUGUUUGAUGAAAUAUAUAUAUAUAUACAUAUAUACAUAUAUAUAUAUAUAUAUAUAUAUAUAUUCCAAUAUGCUGAAUUUUUAAACGAGCAAUGAGAAUAUGAAGAGCAACAUUAACAAAGAAGAGACAGAUACGAAAAAGAAAUAUGUGUUCUUUACCGAUCCUGAUGUUAUCGUCAGACGUGCCGAGUCUUCAGCAGCUGCAUCGCAGGCUCUACAGAGCUUCAAAAUCAAUGAACAGUUGCGGCAAAGCAAUCCAAAUGUAAAUCAGAGCGAAGCAGAAGGAUUUUCCAAUCUGCAGACAAAAUCGGAUAUCAAGGGGUUGGAAACCCUUCUCACCUAUCAUCCCGUACAACCUUAUCCCUUCACCUUCAUAACAGCAGUUAAGCGUAAGCUUGCACUUAAUAUGCAUGCCGAGGCAUGUAAACGAGCUUAUGAACCUGAGAAUCUUGACAAGCCUCAAACUGAUAGAGGUGCUAAUAACACGAACACUGAUUUCAAACGCAGUAUCAAUCAAGUUGUACAAAAAAUGGAUUUUAUAAAGCCGCUGAAAGUUCCUGAUCUGAAAAUCUCCCCAAAGACUUUGGAUUAUUCAUUUCAAACAGCAGGGGGCUUUGGUAAUAAAAAAUUUGAUAUACACAGGCUGGACGAGCAAGUUUCCCCGGCUUGUAACAAAUUGCCGAAAAGUGCCGAGAAGGUUCAUCGAAAGCUAGAUUUUAGUGUACUCGAGGGGUCCCAGAGUAAAAAUUGUGAGAAUAUAGAGCCACUAAAAAUCCCGGAUUUGUCUAUCGGUUCUAGUUCGACUAAGAAAAAAGAACACAUUAGAGAUAGCUCAAGGGAAAAAGAGAAUAGGUCAAAAAGAAUCAAAAAAGAUGAUUUAGCGCUUGCGAGGCAAGACGACUCACUCAAAGAGACACCUAGAAGGUCCAAAUUGUCAAAGCAUGUUUCUAGGAAAGAUGCGGAGGAAUCUGCUGAUUCGGUAUUGGAGAUGCUGAGGUCAGAAAACUUUUUGAGCAGCUUACCAAGAGAGAGUGACUUUGCUUUAAAAAAGCCUAAGAGUAAAAAUUUUAUAACUUCUACAGUAAAAAAAAGCGAUGAUAAGAAACCCAGAUCAGUUAGCAUGCAGGCCUUAAGAUCAAGCCGAGAACGAUCAUCAGAAACGAAAACUAAAAAUUCUGAAAAUGAUUCAAGUUCAGAAAAUAAUAUGAAAAUACACGAAAGAAUUACGCUUAGGGAUAAUUUUAAAGGAAAAUCUACUGAAAACUUAAACGAUGUUAAGUACAAAAAUCCAGAAUUAUUGAAUUGCAAACAGCAAAAGCACGCUACGAAAUUGCCCUCUCAAGGACAACCAAAACAAUUUGAAAACCACCCCAAGUCACAAAUUAGACAAUCGUAUGAAAAACAGAAACCAUCCACCACAGAAAUGGAAUUUAAAGACAUGAUUAUCUUGGAUGUUUCAGAAGAGAUUAAAUCUGCUUGUGCUUCAAGCUCCAAAGAGACCGAGAAACAGUGUAGAAAAGAUUCAAGUAGUAAGACUGAUGAUAUAAUGAGAAAUGAAACAUCGUUACAACAAUCAAAAAGUAGUGAAACAUCUCGCGAAGCAGAGCAAUCGGAUCAUAGUAGUCAAAUAUCAACUCAAAUGGAAAAGCAUCAUGAAAAUUCGGGAAAUGCGAGCAGCACUGACAAGUUUUCGAGCCAAAGCUUAAAUGUGGACUCAAAAUUAACUGAUAAUCCGAUAAAUCAAGUUGACAGUAGUACAACUUCAUCCCAAAGCAAGUUAAACUCUGAAUACAUCAAUCCGCAAUCCAAAUCAUUCUCAGAAAUCAUUUUAGACCCAGCAAGAAUUUCAUUCAGGGAUGAAAGUUACGGAGAGCAAAAUGAAUUCUGUGACCUAGUAACACCGGAUAUUAAUUUACUACUUCGGUCAAAACGAAGGAAAAAUUUUUCGCACAAAUCAGAUAGUGAGAAUGAUCUACGCAGUCCAAAACACAAACCAGCUAAUAACGUUCAAGCGGAGGACAAUGGUAUUCAACUGUUACACCCAACAGCAUUGCACAUGCAAUUUCAAGCCGAAUUACGCCUGCUAGAUUCAUUCAAUGAAUCACUGUGGCAGGUGAUGAAUGUUGAAAAGCAAAAAGAAAACGAAAUGAGACGAAAGAAUUUGAUGCUUUUGCAGGCGGGCAGAGAUACCAUCGAUGCAGAAAGACAUCAGGAAAACCAGAGCAAAGCGGAUCAGGAAACAAUCGAAAAAACUGGAGAUUUACCACCACACCACAUCAAUGAAACAAAUGAUCCUAAUGUUGAAGUGAUGAAUACGAGCAAUGAAAAUCCUAAUAUCAAAUCCGUUAGAACGCCUGCACGUGUUAAACACUCCCAGGAUAAGACCCUGGCAGACUCUGAUAAUUUCUUGAAAAAGAACGAUCGUACAUCUGUCAGAGUAACGGAGGUUCAAACUCAGACUGCAAAUGAUAUUGCAACACAAACAGACACACACAGGGUUAGGCGUAGAUAUAUUUCUCCAGCCAGACAAAUUCCUGGUAUAACAUAUGAAAGAGAAACGUCAGAUAAAGAAGAAAUUCCUCAGCUUUCGUUCGAAUCGCUCAAUCAAUUUGAAGAUUUUGACCAAAUCGAAAAUGUUUCGUUGCCGAGCAGAAUGCACACGAUGUCAGAAAUCAGUUUGCAUGAAACAACGUCUUCAAUCAAAACUGAAACUGGGACUGAAAUUAGUAUUUCAACAAGAGACGUUACCUGCUCUUUUAACAAAUAUCUUGAUUCAGAGUUGGCUCAAUUGAUUAAAGACGAAAAACAAAGAUUUGAUGAAAUUGAAAUGCUUUUUAAGUCUCGGGAAAAGACUUUGAAUGAUCGCACAAAAAAGCUGGUUAAAUUGGAAGAACAAAAACGUGCCUUACGAGAUAUGGGUCAAGAUAGCCGAAUCAGUUCAGUAAAGAAAAAGCAAAGAGCCUUGCUUUUAAAAUUGCAACAAGAGAAAGACGAAAUGAACAGGUUGAAGGAACUACACAAAAAGGCUAGUCAGGAGCGUAAACUUAUGCUUCAAAAACAAAGAAACAUGUUGAAUCCUCAAAUGUCUACGAAAAAUAUUCUAACAAAAUUAAAGAGAAGCGCGGACAAUCAAUCCCCGCGACGGUUAUCCGGCCCUAUGAAAGGGUAUGACAUUAGGAGUCCGAGUUCCAUGAGCUCACUUCUAGAUUCAGAUAAGUCACAACUUGACCGUUCUCAUAUGGAAAUGAAAUCUCAUGGAGCCGAAGGAAAGUUACACAAAUAUGAAGGGAAGAUGCCGAGGUCUGACAUUGCUUCCAGCCAAGAGGGACAGGAUACAAGAUUGAUUAAAGCUAAUCAAUUUGAUAAUAUGACAGAACCAUCUGAUACUUCUUUUAUUGACUGUAAUAUCUUAUCUCCAGACUCACAAAAAUUUCUUGCAAAAGAACAAAAAAUUCACAGUGCAGCCCAAAAUUUCGAUGCGAAGCUAAAGUAUGAGACAAAACCAUGUAAAUACAAAGAAGUGAUGCCCAAACUAGAUAUUUUACACCAUAAAUUGCAUGGAACUGAUAUUGAAUCCAACAUUAGUUCUAAAAAAUUAAGUAAACAGGACAUUCUCACUGGGUUGGAAAAACCAAAGGUGAAAGAGCUCCAGCCAAAGUCUGCGUUGAAUGAGUUGGACAAAUCAAUUUGCGAUAAUGUUAAAUCUGAAUCCGAUACUCUGGUGGAUGAGGUUUCAAAAAAGUCAAAGUCUUCACAAGCAACUGAAAUUAAUUUUGAAAACUUGAAACUGAAACGUGAAAAAGAAUUGUUAUAUCAAAAGAAUCCAUUUGUUUCGGAGAAUUUAAACACAGAAUCUGACGAUAUUGCGGAAGAAUUAGGUUCAAGGCAAUCGAAAUCAUCACAUAUUGUUGAAGAUAUUUCAGAGAUGACUUCUAAGAGUUCAAAGAAGACACAAAAUACGUCAAUGAUCAGCAAAGAGAGUUCCAAGAAAUCGCAAAACAGUUCUAAGAUCAAGUCGAAUUCAAAACGCAAGGGGUCAAGGAGUUUAAAAUCCAAAUCAUCGUCUGACAUUCUGUCCGAAAAUAUUAUGCGAUCAAAAUCGAGUUCACAAAUUCCAGAAGAAAUUAUGAAGUACCAUAGCAAACGAUCUAAAAUGGAGAAAGAUGAAGCCCAGUCUGAAGAGGAUUUUGAAAAUUUGUUGACAGAUCUUGAAGCUAAUGAAAGUCAGAGCUCCCUGCAUGCACUAGUUAAACACUCAAAAGCCGUCAAAGAAAAGAAUUAUCAAAUUCUUAAAAAUAUAGCAAACGAACACGAGGCCAAAGAGAAUGUUCCUUCGAAAGAUUCCGAAAAUAUGCGGAGUAUUUCUGGAAGACAAGAUGGAAAUUUCCAAAAUGUGGGAAAUAUGUCUACGAGGUCGCAAGUCAGCACGCUUACCAUUUCACAUCAUAGUUCAGGAGAAAGUGAAAAAAGUUAUUCUCGAUCUGUUGUAAUACGAGCACAAGAUCAUCACUUCAGAACAAGCAAAAAACUCGAUCAAAUAUUAAGUGCUAGGGAGGCAGCUCUCGCUUCACGCAGAAGCUGUGUAGAGAAGUGGAUUGCAUGGCACUCACGACUCCGUGCCGAGGAAAACCGUGUUACUCGCAUGGAGGAAGCAAUGAUCAAACUCGUCAGUGGUACUCAUAAUGCUGUAUCGUAUCAUGAUACAACCAUAUCAUCAGAUACAAGCGACGUGGAAAGCAGAAUUGAAAUGUUAGCUGAGAAGCUUGCAGAGCGACGAACUGAAAUGACUAGAUUAAAACGAGAGGCUAAACGGCAAGCUAAACAGCGGCUGAAAGCAUUGGAAACGAAUCUUCUCAACCAAAUCAAGAAAUACGAUACAACGAUCCACGAAAUGCGUAAGAAGUUGGAGAACAAACGAGGCGCAGUAGCGAAUGAUGGCUUAUCGGAUAAACUUGCUAUUGAAUCAAAAUCACUAACUGAUUUCAAGAUACCAGAGAUUCCCAUUAAAAGAAUCAAAGAAAUAUAUAAAAAUAGCGAUUUACUGAAGUCCCGUUCGGAAUCUGAAAUCAGAGGUUUGAUGUCUGACGAUAAUCAGCAUAAAGAUUUGGAAAUGUACGGAAGUGAAAAUUCAAAACGUAUUUCAAGUUACAAAAAAUCGCCAAGGUCUGCCACCAGUGAUGUCACCGAUCGAUCCGAAAUGAUAAGUGCUAAGAGAAAAGCUGAAACCGAAAGUACAAAAUCAAUCUUUGAACACGUUAAAAGCACUGCCUCGAAAGAACCAGACAUUACUUCCGACUAUAUAGGAAAUCAGUCGAUAUCUGAGCAAAUUGAAGAAAGUAAUCGUGCAUCGAAUUUAAGAUCGUCGUCAGAAAGAUCAAUAGAUGAAAUUUCCAUAGUGAGUUCACAGUGUAAAUCCGAUUCAAGUCGCAAAGAGUUACAAUUGUCACAACAUAAAGAAAUCCGUAAUGAGGGUAUCACGUCAGGCCCAUCAAGAGCUUCUUCAAAUCGUGAACCAGACUCAAUUCCGGAGAGCAUUGAAACUACCACUUCCCUCCAAGAAGUACAGUCCAAGCCCAUGGAAACAGUUACUGAUGUUGAAUAUUCAAGAUGUUACAGCAUUUCCAUUCAACCGUCAAUUUCAAAAGAUAUUCCUACCGAAAUUUUAUCGGACUUGGAAAAACGCAAUCACAGAAGUAUUGUGGAGUGCAACUCAUCACCACAUGCGACUUCAGAUGGUGAAACUAUCAGUGAUUACAUGCUUGAGGAAAUUUCCCAGAGAGAUGAUAAGAACGUUUCCAUAUCGGAAAGUCAACAAUUGAUUUCAUCAAAACGUAUUUUAACUAAAAUUACAGAUUCCGAGGUACAAUCAGAUACGAGUCCCUCGGAAGUACAUCUGAUUAAAAAUUCUAGUAUUGACAAUGUAACCGAUGGAUUGAUCAGUGUCACUUCGAGAUCGACUUCUGGACAGAAUGCCCCACAAAUUAUCCUGGAUGAAGCACUUACUACAAAAGGACGCUCUGACAUUGAUGAAGACGUGCUUGAGGAAUCUGUUCAGGAAUCUGAAUCAAUUUCCAACAAACUAAGCUUUCUGGAGCUGGGCAAUAAAAAUUUGAACGAUGAUAUAAGUACACUUGAAAAUGACCUCAAAGCUCUUUCCGAAAUGAUGUCGCAGUUUAGUAAAUCAUCAGACAACAAAUCAAAGUCUGACAAGGAAGAAAAGGUAGUUGGUGUUCUUGUGAAUGACUCAGACAAGGGAACUUCCACAGAUAUCACUGAUUUAGACCAUCCAAAUAAUUUCAGUGACCAAGAACUUAUGUUUAAUUCGAAUAAGAAUGCCACAUAUAUUGUAGAUGAAGAGCGCGAAAACGUUGACUUUAAUGAGAAAGACUUGAAUGCACAGGUGUCUGAAAUAAUGCAGAAAAUAGUGCCUGAAGAUACGGCACUACGAACAUACUCUGAACAGGAAAUUGAUUUCAAAGCAAGAAGUAGAGAAAUCUUGAACGAAAUUGAGAAAUCAAUUAUAUCUGACCAUGUCAAAUCUCCUGACAGAGUCGACAUCAAUACAAAAAGUAUCGAAAUAAAUGCAUCCUUUGAAGAGAAUAAAGAUGCGGAAGCAAUCAACCACUUGAAUUCUUUGAAAAACGAUAUCAUGUCCAUUGCGGAAAUCAUUUCAAAUUCAUCUGAAGCUAAAAAAGAUUUCACAUUAAGCGGAAGUUUAGAAUGUGAUAAUCUAUUAGAGGAUGCUGAUGCCAUUGAGGCAUGUUCAAACUCACACCCGCAUGCAUUUGAAGAACCUGUAGUGUUAGAACAAUUUGUUGAAAAGGAAAGCCUUGAAAAACCUGCUUCGAAAAUGCCUGACGAGUGUAACUUGAAAGAAGAUUCGUUUCAAACAUCCAAUGAAACAAACCGACCCGUUCAUAGUUUGAAUGAUAAUAUAGAGAUUGUGAGCAGUAAAAACAUAACUGAAACGCCUCCUACUGAACUACUAGAGACGAAUUUUGAACAUUCAGAUCAGAAAUCCACAUUUGAAACGAUCAAAGAUCCGGAGUACGAAGAUAUAUCAGAAGAAAGCUUAGAGAUUUCAGAAAUUAUGGAUAAAUCUGAACGGCAAAGAUCCGAACGGGAAUUAUAUCAGAAGUCCAGUAGAUUGCCAGAGAAAUAUCAAAUGACACAAAAAUCUGAAGAUGUAUUGAGAAUUUUAGAUGAAAUCACUCAGAAAACAAAUCAAGCGUCGCAAAAAUCUCAACAGUUUUUAAUCACACCUGAAAAUAAUGGGAAAAAAAUAGGUGAACUGCUCCAGAAGUCUGAACAAUUAUGUAAAAAUUUUCAAGCCUUGACAUCGAUACCCCGUCGAUCUGAUGCUGAGUUUGAAUUACCAAUUACUGAAUCACAUAUCCCUAAUAAAAGAUUUAUUCUUCAAACGAAAGUGACUUCUGAACAGCCUGAACAAAUUCUAAAUGAAUCUGGUUUUCCUCAACAAAUUAAUAUACCCGAAAAGACAAACCAAACAGCUCACGAACAGAAGACUGAAUAUAUUUCACAUGAUAUUGAGACAGAAAUUUCAUCUAUUCCCAGUGAUAAGCCAGAGACGUCAAGUAGUGUUGCUGUUGAAAGUCAUUCUACUAAGUCCCUGGAUGAGCUGGAAACGGGUCAAAUAAGGAAUAAAGAAGAUCCAGACAAAUUCGGUACAUGCCAAACAAAAUUCACCAGAGAAUCAACAAAAUUGGAUAUUUCUAUGCAUCAAACUGAUAUUCAGCAUCAGAACGAUAAGGAAUCGGUCGUAGAAACAAGGAUGUUUAUAGGGAAUCUAGUAGAUACGUAUAACCCUAUCGAAAGGUUGAAAAUACCCUGUCAACACGAUGAAUCGCAAAUAUUUGAUACCAAAAUAUCAGCAGAUAUUGGUUUACCUGAUGCUGACGUGAAAAGUUAUAAAGCUCAAGGUUAUUCUACUAAGGAAGAAUCAACUCAACAAAUUCAAGAAGAAUCUGUGGAUACAGCAUCACAAAAGUUCGAUAACUUGUCUGAUAAAUCUAUCAAGAGCGUAGAAAUUCCUGAGCAGAUUUCACUAAUAGGCGAAACCAGAAUACUCUCAGAGUCUUCUGAAUAUGAUAUUGUAUCGCAUCAAUCAAAUCUGGGUUCUGCUAAUGAACAAUUAAAGCAAAACUUAAUUAUAACCAAAUUAAGUGAGGAUACCGGACUUGGUGAUGAUAAUGACGAUAAGGGGAAGUCUUAUGAGGAGCUGAAAAAAGUUAAACAUUUGGGUAACAUCAAUGUACAUGUACACACUAUUGAGGAGAGCAGUCUGAUACCAUUGUUUGGGAAAAGUUCUUUAGAAAAUGUUGAGAACAAGGUGGACACGUUGAAAUUAAAACACUCCGAUGAACAGGAACCUCAAAUUACUGUUGAAGCACGUGCAAACUUGGAAAAUCAGUGUGAUGAAAUUCUGCAAGAAAGUUUUGAAAAGUUGGAUGAGACACGAGAAUCCAACUUGCAACUUCAAGCUAUCAACGAACCCAUACAUGGAUUACAUGCUGGAUUUGAAAACAGUGAGGAAUCUCAAAACUCUGCAGAUUUAUUACCGGAACUUAUUCAUUCUGAAAAAUCUAGAGAUAUAUUGCACAAAAGCGAUAUAGCCGAUAAAUCGGAUUGUGCUUCACAAAAAUCUGACGAGUCUCAGGUAUCGGGUAAAUCUGAAGAUAAUUUACAAAAGUAUGAAGUCGAACUGCCAUCUGAAUCUAGCGAGGAGGCUGAAACACCGAGAAGCGUGUCAGAAAUAGAAAUAGAUUCACCUAGAGAUCCCAACGAUUCUAGGCUGGACAUCGAAGCCUUAGAUGAUGAUCUGCUAGCAAAUGAAAAUAAUUCCGAGACGAAAAACAUUAAACUGAAGAAUGAAUUCAAUGCAACACCAGUCAUCGCCACAUCCGAAAAAGACAUUGAAGCUAUGAUCGACAAGUUAAAAGUGUCACUGGAACAGCCGGGUUUGGAAGUCGCUGAGCUAGAGGCGAAGCUACUCCGGAUUCAAGAACUCCAAAUUGAAUUAGAGAUCAAGAAACUAGAGGCUGAAGAGGUCUCCUACUACGUGAGAGAAAUCCCAAAUAAACCACCACCGCCCUACACGCCUCCAAGUGGAGGGCGAUUGUCCAUAUCGCAGACAUCGCCAUCAACGGCACCUGCUGUGGUCCCAACUAACGUGGAGGACUUAACAUCCUUUACCGAAAGAGCAACGCAUUUAAUUUAUCAAGCCAAAAAGUCCGGAGACGAUAUAAUCAGCCUUCAGCUCCCAACCGAAAUCUGCGAGCUGAGUAAAGACAAUAACGAAACGGCAAGAAGAGACAGAAAAAUAUACAACACAUUUUUAUUUGACCUCUGCAAGGAAACUAUAUCAGAAGUUUAUCAAUCUGAAUGCGAAAAGCCUGGACCGAGUUGGCUGAAGCCAAAUGCUAAAACAAAGCCGGCAAUGAAGAUUCCGACAACGGUUGAAGGUCUGAAUGACUACGUGAGCAAAGAAGUUGCGACGUUAUUUGGCUUCAAGACGAAAUUGCAAAGAGAGAACCUGGUUAUGCGUUGGAGUAGGAAACGACGCGACAGGGUGGACGAGUUAUUGGCUAGAGAGGCCCAAGCCGAGGAAGAUGAAUGGACCAAGUUUCAUCACGAUGAAUUGGCGGUGAAAAAUGAACUAACAACCGCGAUAUUGGACUCGCUUAUACUCGAUGCUGCUAACGUCGUUAAAAUGGCUUACAUUAAGAAGCGACAAGUUACGAGUUGAAAAAUAUCGUGCAUAAUUUUGUGGGAACCCACAGAUUCACUCACAAUCAAUCAUGCUUCAAGUUAAUGAUUGAUGAAAAUUUAACGCGAUUUCCCGAAACAAAGGUGUACUAAAUUGAAGAACUGUUCCAACUGUGACAAACACUUAUCAUCAAACUGUAAACCGGGUGUUUGGUGAAAGUGGGCACUAAUGUCUGUCGAAGUGACUGUGUCCUAAGCCAUCGCUGCAGGUUGUCGCCCCCCCCUGAGCAUGAGUGGCCUCUUACCUCAAAUAUUCCUGGGUAAAUGAAAAAUGUGACAUUCACGCUUGAAUUUGUAUAUAGUGAUAUCGUUCCAUAUACAAAUUUCGACAGCUGUUUGUACAACUUAUAUAUGUCAUCUUACAGCCGUACAAUUCUUCUUUAAUUUUCGUAUUACUCGCAAUGUGUAGGCUGGAUCCUAUAUUAUUUACCUUAUACUCGUAAGCUUAAGAUUUUGGGUAAUUGUUAUCCCUAAAUUCAAGGUGACAUGACGUAUCUCUACGUUUCCAAUAUUGCGGCAUCGGUUACAUAUCUCUGCAGUGGGCUACGAUUAGUUUAUUGGUGCAGCUGCUGUCGAGAGAUGAGGUAAUUUCACUGCCUCAAAACUCAGUAUCGAACUGACUACUGUCAACGUACAAAUAUUAUAAUCUGUGGGCGUAUGGCAAGCAUGCGAUUUUGUUAUAAAAAUCGUAAAAUGUUCGUUUACAAAUCUUGUACCUAAAUGCAACGCAAAAACCUUCUUUUAUAUUGUUUUUUUUCUCUGUUGAUAAUUUAGUUAUUUAUUCUGUUAUAACUAUGAUUGGCUAGGUGACUAAUAGAACAAUGGAUACUAAUUACGGCUCAGCGCGCCGGGCUCAACUGUUUUAAUAUGAACUUGACAAAAUUUCCCUAGAAGACUGAAAGACUGGAGCCAUUUUAAUCAAAAUUACUACCAAGUUUUCGAAUUUAUUAGUAUUAAAUUAAAAUUAUAUGAGUGGUACACCUUAAUCGGAAUAUCCACAAGGAAUUUAUCAUUCAAGUACGUGGAGGAAUUUGAAAUUUAAUUAUAGUGACAGCUACGUCGCGGGGAUACUUGCAUCGUUAAUUUUUCUUACAUAUGUGUUCAUGGUUGUGAUGUAAAUAGUACAAUAUUCAACGUAUUCACGAUGCCCAUAGGGCUUAAACUAAACUAUCCAUUCUGCAGGACUCUUUAUCAGCUAAGGAAAUAUUACGUGGCAAUCAUAAUCAUAUCUUUCUACCGAACUUAAUAUUCUUACGGGUGCACUUACCGUCACAGGUUUGUUUCUUAACGUUCUCUUCCUAAAGCGAGAAAUACGAUAAUCACGAUGUUGCUUCAAUUUUUUUUUACCGACUUUCCUCAAGUCCGUCGCGCACAUAAGCAAGCUCAAGUGUACCGACUGGAUUUUAUUUUUAUAAUACCAUAAACAAUGAUGUUUCGUGUCGAUACUUUUAUUUAUACCGAGCAUGUUAGCGCUAGUGUAUGAAACAGUAUUUAUACGCUACUCAGUUAUCGAUAGGAUGUCCACGUACGUAGUUGAAUAUGUACUUAAUUAAGUUCUGAUAUAUUUUAUAAUAAACUUUGAUGAAAA